CUAAAUAGCUUUACGAAUUUUUCAUUUCUUUCUGUUCUGAAAAUCGAAAGUCGCAGUACUACAGUGUAAUGCUUACGAUAUAGUGAGAUAGUGAGAUUUAAGUGAAAGUGAUUAUUAGUUAAAUAAAUAUAGUGCUGCGAAAAUGUCGCCGAAAUGUCCCGUUGUUCCUUUACAAGAAAUGACUUUAUCAUUAGUAGCUAGACAAUUAAUACAUACGUUAGCGCAAGUUGCCGCCGACGAAGAUGUUGCUCUACCGUUCGCGAUGGUAUCGUCGUACUACGAAAGUAUGGGAGCUACAAGUGAUAUCUUUCAAGAUCUUCUCAAUCUAAUUUUAAGCUCAGAAUACUUAGAUCCCUCUAUCAGAUAUUAUACAAUGAGACUGCUUCUAAAAGAAAAUGUGAAAAGUUUAGCGACGGGCAUGUUUCCCUGCUCCUAUUACAGAAAAGUCCUUGAGUUGAUUGCAGAACAAGGCCGACACCUUACAUCGCUCAAUUUGAAAGGUGUGUGGGUUAAAGAUGAACAGCUGUCACUUUUUUACGAGAUAAUUAGAAAUUUAGUACACUUGACUUCUUUGAAUAUACCUUAUAUAGCUAAUGAUGAAGUUCUGAAAUUCAUUGGUGAAAACAAUAAAGUUUUAAAGUUACUGGACAUAUCUGGUGAAACUGAUAUAACAGAAAUAGGUAUUGAUGCCAUGCUCACUGGUAACCCACAGCUCACUCAAAAUUUAUCUGUUGUAAAUAUAGGGAUGUACGGAGAGGAAAACAUUGACCACACAGACGUAGCCCUUUUGAUACGACGAUUACCAAAUCUUACGAAUCUCGGAUGUUAUUCGUUUGUUGGAAAGGCAUUGUACUACCUCUAUAAUAAUGAUUGCCCAUCGGGAUUUAAAAGUAAGUUGCAAUACGUUCACGACUCUCAAACCAAUACGAGAACGAUGAGAGCUAUUGUUGCGUUAUGUCCAAAUAUAGAAACCAUUUAUUUAGAAGAACCCGACCAAGGAGUGUUGCCGAUGAUUAAGGAUUUAAGUUUAUUGAAUAAGAUAAAAUUAAAUAAAUUUCAGUGUCAUGAACUACAUCAAUUGCUUGACAAAAUAGGAUAUAAAAUUGUAACGCUUCUGCUUUCCGGUUCAUUAGGGUCGUUUAAUUUUACGAGAAUAGCGGAAACUUGUCAGAAUUUAGAAAGUUUGGAAUUCUAUUCGAUACAGACGGCGACUCAUGAAGAAGAAAUACCCUUUAAUAAGCUUGAACAUAUCGAGAUCAUACAGGGCAAUCUAUCUACGCCCUGUUUGAAGUACCUAAUGACUAGUAGUCCUAAACUUAAAAAGUUAAUAAUUGGGGAUGAAAUAAAAUUAGACGAUCAGGAUAUGGCGCGUAUGUUCCGGCGUUAUAAGUUCGAUAAUUUAGAAGCAAUUUGGUUUCCAAACGCACCUCGUCUGACGCAAGACACAGUGGAGCUAUUGAUGGAAACCUGCCCGAACCUUCGAAGUCUCGGUCAGCUCAGCGGCUGGAGAUACACACCAGAUGAUAUGAUGUUAAUGAGAGCGAUUAUUGUCAGUACUAACACCGAUUUGGUUCUAUUACCACUUGGUAUCUUUCAACAAGGAAAUUGAUUAUUUUUAUGUUUAUUUCAAUAACUAUUUUACACUUUGUAAUAUAAUAAAACUAUUGUUAAGUU